AUGACGAUUAGAAUGACAACUUUACCUAAGCGUGAUCAUGCGGAGGCACGAACAUACACCCCAAGACUCGCUGCAUGGGUGGAUAAAGAAAAGACCAAAUCAAUGAACAGAGCUCAGAGAGAGCUAGCUGUCGCUGAGGAAAAGCACAAAACAAAGCUAGUAUCUCUACAUGCUAAGAAGACACAGAUCGAGAUAGACGCAGAGACUUUAAAGCACAAGAAACAGUUAGAAGCAGAGAGGUUAAUGCACAAGAAACAGUUAGAAGUAGAAACAUCAAAGCACAGAAAAAUGGAAUGGGUUUGCAACGAGGUAGCUCGGUCCAAGGAGAGAUUAGAAGGAAAAAAGGCAGUAAUUGAAUCUAAACACGAGAAGAAAGAUCUCAAGACAAACGAGAGGGCCCAUAAGUAUGAUGCCAGUGGUACUCAUCCCAAUCCAAACAAGUGUUCAGGUUGUGGUUAUCUUCCAAAGAAUCCAAAGAAGUGUUUUGGUUGCACUAGUUCUACUUUAGAUUAG